UUGAUGUGGGAGCAGCUGCUUGACACGGAGAAGAUCCGUUCGACAUGGGCGGCGGCGACUCGAACAUCAACGGCGACGGCAGCAGCAGCAGCAACAGCAGCGGGGAAGAGGACGGGGACGCAGCCUGGAAGGCGGCCAUCAACUCCGUAGCCACCGUCGGUUUCGGCCUCUCGGCCUCCAAUGGCCGCCCAAAGACCGACCCGACCGCGGUCGAUUCGUCCGAGGACGAUGACGACGAUGCCACCGCCCAACUUCACCAACAGGGGCGGUGGCAGGCACCUAAGCUAAAGCUCUAUCAGAUUAAGGCACAAAAGAUUUUGGAUGACCUGUUGGAUAGAAGCCUCAUGAUGGUCAGAAAUCCCAUCCCUUCCAUUGAUGAAUUUCCACAAUCCGAAGAAGCUGGAAUUCGAUUAUUCAGCAACUCGCCUGCUGGCAUAAUAUUGGAUCCUGUUGAUGAACAUCCACUACCACGUACGAAACCCAGACUUCUACCAGGAGAAGAAAUCAACGAGAAAUCAAAGAAGUUCAAAAGCCAAAUCAGGUCUGUUGUUCUCAAUGGCAACGAUAUCAUGGCCACUGCAGCAGAAGCAUGCGAGAGAGCGUUGGCCAGAUCUGAAGCUAAAGAAGCUGCAGCAAAGGCAGCAGCCAAGAGAGAGGAAGAAAGGGUUUCAGAACUGAAGAAGGCUAGGGGAGAGAAAUGGCUUCCUUCUGUUGCAAAAUAUAUGCAGGCUUGAAAUUGUCAUACCGAAAGUGGGGGAGCUCAAACUUGUGGUUCUUAAAUCGAAGGAAGACUCUUGCGACAAAGCACAGAUGCUGGUAAGAAAGUCUCCAAAGUGCUGCUCAUUAGGUAUGCCAAUUCGAAGGAAGACUUAGGUCCAUGGUGACCUAAAUUUCUGACAUCAAAUGUGUUAUUGUCAAUCAAGCACAGACUAGCGGUUCAUUUUGUAGUUCAAGUUUCUUUUUUUUUUUCCCUCUUUGGAUAUUUCACUGGAAAAAUGGAUGAUUUUUAACAGAAAGUUGAUAUGAGCACAUAAUGCAUGGGUGGAUUUAACUAUAAGAUGAUAACAUGGUGUUCAUGACAACAGCAUUGGCACAUGAUUCUGCCGAUCUGUGUAUAGUGAUCCAAAUCAGAUGAUCUCUUAAGGUUAUAUCACCAGUCUUUGGAGUAAGAUAUUGUGCAUCAAUAUUUGGGUAACAAAGAUUGAGCAACAAGUGCAUUUAGGAUAUUAUGUUUGUGAUACAAUUUCAAUUCCCUAUUAUUGCAAGGUCUUGAGAACCAUUAUGCCUGGUUCACUAACCAGAAAAAAAUAAAGAUAUUACCAAAGAACUAUAUUAGUAGCAGACAGUCUAAAGGUCACAGU